AUGAUAUAUAUCGAUUACAAUUUUGUUUUACGUAAAUUAAAAUAUUAUCGUAUGUUCUGUUUUUAUGAUAAUCAUUUAAUUACACUUCCAUUAGCGACAAAUAACCAAUGCAGUCCACUUGAACGUCUUAUUAUCAAUCAUCGUUGUUCUUUAAAUGAACUUGAAUCAUUAAUUCCGUAUACAGCAGAACUUCGUCAAUUAACUAGUCAUCAAACUGAUUCAAAUAUUACGAUGUUACAAUCAAUUACGUUAAUUGAUUUGAUGUUUAUUUAUUUACAUAUGUGCAAAAUAUCAUUUUAUGAAUUAAAAACAUUCUUAGUUAAUAUAUCUUCAACUUUAAAGAUCUUGUCUAUUCAUUGUUCAGAAAAUAUCAUUUUUCUUGAUGCUCAUCGAUGGAAACAAUUUAUUUCAUAUUAUUAUCCUCAAUUAGAAAAAUUCUAUUUCACAUAUUAUGAUCUUACUGAUAAUGAUAAUCAAUAUGAAAUAUAUCCUGGACAAAUAAAUCAAUUUUCUUCAACAUUUUGGAUUGAACGAAAAUGGACAUUUCAUGUUAAAAUUGAUAAUGCAGAUAUCAAAUAUGUCGUUUAUCCAUACAAAAAAACCCGGUAUGAUUAUAUGGAUGAUAAGAAUAUUGAACAUUCAACAUCAACUAGUUUAAUGUUAGCAAUUGAUCUUAAUCCUUUUUAUCUUGAAAUAUUAUUCGAAAGAAUCCAACGUGUGUUAACAAUAACACAAAUAUAUCAUUUGGAAAUUAUUGAAGAAUAUAUAGUACCCGGAAUGUUAAUUCGAUUGGUCAAACAAUUGUCGGAUAUACAAGAAACAUCAAGUUGUUUUAUACAGGAAUUGAGCAUUGAACCUGUUAUAUUUGUAAGUAAAAAAAUGAAUUCAGACAAAUCAAAUUUAUAUUCUUCACCACCGUAUAAUUAUGCAACAAUACAACCAACUAAUUCAUUUACCAAUCCAUUUACAUCUAAUCAAUCUUCACAAUUGACUGUCGAUGAAAAUGGAAAUGAAACAAAACCAACGUUAAUUGAGUUAAGAGUAGAAUAA